GUAUUUAUCUCACAGGUGAGCCACCAGCUAAGCAACAUCAUGGACCUCUUCACCACCAGCCUGGCACUGGCAGGACUAGAUCCUCCUGAGGACAGGCCUAUAGAUGGCAUUGACCUAUCGCCCGUCAUGCUGGAAGGCAAAGUGACUGACAGGCCGAUAUUUUUUUAUCGCGGCAGUGAGAUGAUGGCGGUCCAACUGGGGCUUUACAACGCUCAAUACUGGAUUUGGACUAACUCAUGGGAAGAGCUAGCUCAGGGUAUUAAUUUCUGGAAUAACUGGAAUUACAACCCAUGACCAAGUCGAGCAUGACCUCAAUCCGCUCUUGUUCCACGUGGGAAGGGACCCUGGAGUGAAGUACCCCAUAAGUGUAUUAAGCAACGAAUACCAGCAAGUAUUGCCGAGGAUUUCCAAUGUUGUUACCCUGCACAAGGAAUCCAUGAUCCCUGGGGAGCCACAGCUGAAUGUGUGUGACCUGGCUGCCAUGAACUGGUCCCCCCCCGGGAUGUGAGAAGAUCGGAAGAUGUCUGAGCCCACCCGAGUCAAAGCCUUGGAAAUGCGUCUGGCCUCACUGA